AUGCAUGACUAUCGCUACAAGCCACUGUUAUCAGAUACAGCAUUUCGCUUGGUGCAGCUGUUGAAAAGCGACGGUGAUAUCCAUCAGCCUCUUCUCAUAAAGGUCACCGAAUUUGAGAUCACGGCAGCGCCUCCGUUCCAGGCUCUCUCAUAUACUUGGAAAUCACCAUUCAGUACCAUCGAUGGCCCCGAUGAAAGUUCUGCUGACAAGCGUGCUAUUUGCGACGCGGCCUCCGGAGAUACAAUCUUAGUGGAGACUAACCUAUGGCACGCGCUUCGUCAACUUCACCAGCCCUACGAUGUUGAGUUCUGGGACAGCACAUCACAGGAGAAGACGCCUCUUCAUUGUGCUGCAGAAGCUGGGAAUUUGGGUCUCGUGCGGUCGCUACUGGCCAAGGGAGCCGAUCCCGAGGCCGUGGACAAGUUUGGCGACUUUCCUCUUCACUACGCCGCUUUCAAUGGUCAUACUGAUGUAGUUCGUCUAUUCGUCGAAGCAGGCGUGCGUACAAGCCACAGGGAUCACUGGGGUCGCACGGCGUUCGCGUGUGCUCUGGAAUACAAUCGUCUUGACACGGUGGCAUACAUGUAUCAAAAUCUCCUGCCCUCACAACUACACAGUUUUAGCACAACGGAUCGCUCAGCAGAUACUGAGUCACCCGUUUACGAAGCGGCUGCUAGCGGCUAUAUCGAUGUUGUACGCGAGCAUCUCCAUCACGGUAGAGAUGUCGACCUGAGGGACGACCAUGGGAGAACUUUACUACACCACGCCAUCCUAAACAACCAUGUGGAGGUGAUAGAGUUGUUACGCGCCGCAGGAGCUGAUGAAAACGCCUUGGAUAGAGACAAGACCACGCCCCGCGAACUGAUGCGAAAGGUCGGCCGCAAAAGCGACGAUGUAGCAGAGCUACUCGAACUUGGACGUCGGAGGCUAGCUCAAGAGAAGCUGUGGCGGCCGCAGUAUUUCUGGAUCGACGCCAUCUGUAUCAACCAGGCCGACCUGUCGGAGCGUGAAGCGCAGGUAGCCAUGAUGGGGGAGAUUUUCCGUUCGGCAGACGCAGUCCGCAUUUGGUUGGGUCCUUCGAACGACAGCUCAAACACUGCCAUAGACACUAUUCAGCGCGUCGCGGUCGAAAUGUCAAUAAACCCAGUAAGGGGCUAUGAGUACUCCGCAAGUGGACUGGUGCCUUCUGGCAUCCCGUUCACAGAAGAAGAAGAGGUGGCACUGCAUUCGUUUCUCCGUCGCACAUGGUUCAAGCGCGCGUGGGUCGUUCAGGAGUUCCUUUCCGCAAAGCAGUUGGUGGUGCAAUGUGGUGCUCGUCAGAUCGGGUUCCAAGACAUCACACACAUGAUGGACGUUAUGAUGGACUGGUACCAUGGUCCAGGGGCUCAGCAGAGCACUAAGUGGACAUUUCCCACUAGUAAGAGUGGUCGAGUACUGGCUCGGCUCAGCUGGAUCAAGCAAUUGUACCUUCAUUAUUCGGGUGCGAUAUUCCCGGGGCGCAUGUCCCUCAGCAAGCUGAUGCAAGCGACGCAGCUAUUCGAAUGCGACGAUGAUCGGGACAAAUAUCACUCCUUACUGGGUAUAGCACGAGGACCUCGCAGUACCGACCUACAAUGGCCCCUGCCAGACUACAGCCUCCCAAGUCAAGACUUAUUCUGCACUAUCGCGAGGCUGAUCAUGGUCGAUGACAAGAAUCUUGAGCUUCUCAGUUACUGUGAUGACUACAAAUCCAGAUCCGCCAUGUUCCCCUCCUGGGUCCCAUUCAACAGCAAUGCGGCGACCGCUGCGUCGCUAGACCACUUCACGCACUGCCUUCCGCGACAAAGCACCCCGCAAUGCGAGCACGGUUUUAUUAAAGACCAACCAAUUAUUGCCGGACCUUAA